UGUUACUACAACACCAUUUUCCAACCGAUCAGUGUCUUCACCUCCAAGUCGUUGUGAAACCUCACCCAUUAAAAAUGUGCAGAUUAAGAAGGUUCUUGGUGCUUACGAGGCCUCACAAUGUUGACUAUACCUUCCUUAUCGCUCUUGAUUGUGCAUUGCAAUUUGCAAAUGGGACCAACUUAUAAGUUUCAGUUUUGUACCAUUAUUUAAAUUCAAACCUACAUUAAUUUUUUUUCUGAAAAAUAUAUUUGUAGAUACAUUACAAAAUACACGAAAUUUCAUCGCGGAAUACUUUGGCUUCUGCCACGAAAUUUCCUAUGUAAGUAUAUAGUUGCAGGUUUACCUCAAAGAGAAGCUCGAGUCACUAAUGGAGUCACAGCGAGAACUCUUCCAUGUUUCAGGACCUUUCCACCUGCUAAAUUCUGUCGAUUGGAGAAACACGUUUCAUCGAAGAUCCGUUAUUGCAAGCCUUGUUCAAGGAGUUAAAAUUCUGGAAAAGGAUCGUCAACGUCGAAGCAUUCAACGGGAUGCUCAAGCUCGCGCUCCUCAAUGGUGGGAAGGAUUUCACUUUCAGUUGAAUCAGGUUCUAGUAGACGAUAAGGGUUCUUCCUAUGGAGCUAUUUUCGAGCUCAAAUAUGCACCUGAUCCCUUAUUCUAUCAAUCAACUCCGACACAUCCGAAAUAUGUGAUAGCCUUUCGAGGCAGGAUCAGAUCUGUCGAUCAGAAACUAACCAUCAAGUUAAUUUUUAAUAAACUCGAAAAAACCUCACGAUUUCAUAAAGCUUUUGAAGCAGUUAGGAACAUGGUAAUGAACGUGGGGCCAACAAACGUCUGGUUAGCCGGACAUUCGUUGGGUGCGUCUAUGGCGAUGCUCGCUGGGAGGAACAUGAUGAAGGAUGGAUAUAAACUCGAUACGUAUCUCUUCAAUCCACCUUUCCUCUCGCUUCCAGUCGAGAAGAUGAUAAAAAACCAAACGUUGAAACAUGGCGUCCGUAUCGCCGGUAAUCUCUUAAAGGUCGGAACUGCAAAGGCGAUCAACCUUUACCGUAAAAAUCCAGAAAAUUCGUUUCGUAACUUGUCUGAAUGGACCCCGUAUAUGUUUGUGAAUCCAUCAGAUCCGAUCUGUGCGGAAUACAUUGGGUAUUUUCAACAUAGGAUGAAGAUGGAGGGAAUCGGAUUCGGAAGAAUCGAGAGGACGGCAGCCAGAUAUACUAUGAGAAGUUUGGUUUCCGGCGCAGUGGGGAGGGAUUCGGAACCGUUGCAUCUGCUACCGACGGCUUAUAUGACGGUGAAUACUAGUCCAUCGGAGAAUUUCAAACAAGCGCAUGGGAUUCAUCAAUGGUGGCAACAACAUCUUCAAUGGCAAUUUAUGCUACACGAACAAAUAGCGAUUUCUUAAUGGAUCUUCCCGUUGCGUGAUUGCAGGAUCGAAAAAGGAACUGAUUCAUUGAUUGAUUGUUCCUUACUCAAAGAUUGGAUUUGAAGUUUUUUUUUUGACAUUUUAUGUUCUAUGUUUCUUCAAAUAUGAACCACCAAAAGGGUAAAACUGUGACAAAUUAUUUUGAUAGUUUUAAAACUGUAAAUCCACGUGAUCAGAAAAAAAAUAUCAAAAUUAAGUAGUUUCUUUAUAUUAUUUUUGUGUAUUAUUAUAACUUGAUUGUAAUGUUACGAUAUGUAAAUGUCACUGUAGUCUAUGCCCUAUGAAGUUUCAUCUUUUGGUUUUAAUGAUUCCUUUCAUUUUUUAUUUAUUUAUUUAUUUAUUUAUUUCUUUUUUUUGGCAUUUAAGGGGUACGAGGUGUAGUUCUACCGGCUAAAAUGGUCCACUGACCUGUUUUAAGAGGUUUCC